AACAAGAAGCCAACAUUUGACAUCUCAACAGCCCCUGUUUAACACUGACCCAUUUCAAAAAAUCUACAAAUAAACACACAGUUUUUAUAAAAAUUUAAUCUUGCCCCCAAUUUGAAAUUACCCAUCUGAGGGUUCUUGAAUCUUGACAAGAAUGGUGAAAGGUGUGGCAACAGCAGGGCUUUUCUCCGCCAUAGCUUCUGCAAUUGGCGGGGUUGAGUGUGUUUAUGCUGAUGGGCUUCCAUUUAAUUUUGCUCCUCUUUCGGGUUCUCCGGUGUCGAAUUCUCAGGCUCCUGGAGCUUCUGGUGGAGCAGGGGAUAAGGGGAAGGGGGUGGAAAGUGAGGAGAAGGCUAAUCGUGUUCGGAAUGAUCAGCCGAGGACUACGUCUGCUGGGUUUGAUCCCGAAGCGUUGGAGAGAGGUGCUAAGGCUUUGAAAGAGAUUAAUAAAUCCUCUCAUGCUAAACAGGUUUUUGAGUCGAUGAAAAAGCAAGAAGAAACACGGCAGAAAGAAUUGAUUGCUAAGCAAGCAGAAUAUAAGGCACUGCAAGCUCAGGCUGAAACUGAGAGGCAAAAGGUAAUAUAUGAUGAACAAAAAAAGUUAGCUCAGCAGCAGGCUCAGAUUAAGUCCCAGAUGGCUCGCUAUGAGGAUGAAUUGGCAAGGAAGAGGAUGCAGGCUGAAAAUGAACAUCACAGAACAAGAAACCAAGAGCUUGUAAAAAUGCAGGAAGAGUCGUCCAUCAGGCAAGAACAAGCUAGACGAGCUACAGAAGAACAAAUCCAGGCACAGCGACGGCAAACAGAGAGGGAAAAGGCCGAGAUAGAGAGAGAAACAAUUAGGGUUAGGUCCAUGGCAGAAGCAGAAGGACGAGCCCAUGAAGCAAAGCUUGCUGAAGAUGUUAACAGAAGAAUGCUAGUGGAACGUGCAAGUGCAGAGAGAGAGAAGUGGGUUGCAGCUAUUAAUACAACUUUUGAUCAUAUUGGAGGGGGUUUACGAGCAAUAUUGACUGAUCAAAACAAGUUAGUUGUAACUGUUGGGGGAGUGACAGCCCUUGCAGCAGGAAUCUACACGACAAGAGAAGGGGCAAAGGUUAUUUGGAGUUAUGUGGAUCGAAUAUUAGGACAGCCAUCACUGGUUAGAGAGUCCACCAUCGGGAAAUUCCCUUGGUCAGGCUCCUCACGUCGCUUUAGCACUCUCUUACGUGGGGGAAAUACUGGCUCUACUUCGAAAAAUGGGAAUGGCUUUGGGGAUGUCAUUUUACAUCCAUCUCUUCAAAAAAGAAUUCAGCAAUUGGCUAGGGCAACAGCCAAUACAAAAGCCCAUCAGGCACCAUACCGUAACAUGCUCUUCUUUGGUCCUCCUGGAACAGGAAAAACAAUGGCUGCAAGAGAACUAGCUCGCAAAUCGGGGCUUGAUUAUGCAUUAAUGACAGGUGGAGAUGUUGCUCCACUUGGUGCUCAAGCUGUUACCAAGAUACACCAGUUGUUUGAUUGGGCAAAGAAAUCUAACCGAGGGUUGUUACUGUUUAUAGAUGAAGCAGAUGCAUUUUUAUGCGAGCGGAACAAAACCUAUAUGAGUGAAGCUCAAAGGAGUGCCCUCAAUGCCCUCCUUUUCCGCACAGGCGACCAGUCUAAAGACAUAGUCCUUGCUUUGGCUACAAACCGUCCUGGUGAUCUUGAUUCAGCAGUUGCAGAUCGUAUAGAUGAAGUCCUAGAAUUUCCUUUGCCUGGUGAAGAUGAAAGAUUCAAGCUUCUCAAGCUUUAUCUGGAUAAGUACAUUGCACAAGCUGGGGCAAGAAAGCCGGGAUUAUUCUCAAAUCUUUUCAAGAAAGAACAACAGAAGAUCGAAAUCAAGGACUUGACUGAUGAUAUUUUGAGGGAAGCAGCAGCAAGAACAGAUGGUUUUUCGGGGAGAGAGAUAGCAAAGCUGAUGGCUGGUGUUCAGGCUGCUGUUUAUGGGAGUGAGAACUGCGUCCUUGACCCAAAUCUCUUCCGUGAAGUCAUAGAUUAUAAAGUUGCGGAACAUCAACAGAGAAGGAAUAUGGCCGUUAAAAGUGCAUCAUAGGUUAUUGUUACUUUUAUCUAUUUUUCUUGGUUUUGUGCCUGAUCAUAGAGAUUGAGCAGAUGAGUUAUUCAUUUGUAUCAUACAACAUUGAGCGGCUGAGUAUUCAAGUGAAUGCGCGUAAUUAUUUGGGUUUAGGUAAUUCAAAUUUUGUCCCAACUACCAAUCAAUAAAUUAGAAGAAUUGACAAGUAUGUUUCUAUAGAGUUUAUGCUGGAAGUGGUAUUGUUCUUGGCUUCGAACAGUAUAUUUAUACCUUCUUUAGUUGUUAUUAUGCUUCUC